AUGAACAAAAGAGCUAAACGUGUUGUUGGAAUGGGACGUCUUGAAGUCGCAGUUACUGACUUGAGCCCUCUACGACAGUUUAUGGCAUGGCAUUGUGUGCUCCUUCCCGCCAAUAACAUUCACCGUAGCCCAGCACAUAGGACUGAUGACUCCGUUCGUCAUGCAUCGGUUUUGCGUGAAGCAUCUACUCGUCACAUGGUGCCGACAUCUUCAGGAAUCUCCAAUUCAGUCCUCAAGCCUCGACACCCACUCUAUCUGGCCGCGCUCAAUGUUCGCACUCUGAAGCAAGCAGGACAACAAGCUGCUCUUGCACUUACACUGGACUCGCUUGGCUAUGAUGGCACCUGCUGCGAGGAAGAUUCGGGAAAAUGUUUAUCCCGGCAUCCAUAUUUGCCAACAAUUCUGCUCCAAGAUUUUGUGAAAAGCUUCCCCGACUCCAUUGGAGCCAAUAUUAGUUUGGCCUUGCCGAUUACCACCUUUGGGGCAUGA